UGUCGGCGCGCAAGAACCUGGCCCCGGAAUCGGCCGAAGCCCUGCCGCGAAUGUAGUACAGCGAAACAUAAGUGCAGCUUGCAGGCUCGUUGUACACGUUGCACGAAGAAAGGACUAGACUGCGUUUACCCGGGGAAUAAGAGUCAUGGGUCCGAGGACAGCACAGAAAUUGUCGAGCAACAUGGCUUGGUCCCGACUCUUUCCACCUUUGACCUAACUAAUCCUAAUCCUCCCUUCACAUCGGAGGCCUCUAUGUUUGAUGAACAACUUCAAUGGGACUCACUAUCACUGUCCCAAACCUUUGAGCUGACGAAUGAGCUCACUCUUGGAGAUUUCCCUCUGAUAGGGCAAGGAUCUGCUCAUAGACCGGAGCAACGAAUCAAUGGUGUCACCGGUCUAACCACGACGCCCGAAACCUGCCGGCAGAUAAUGUCACACUGUAUUAACCAUGAAGAGAUGGUGAUACCUGAUGCAUCUUGGAUCAUCUUUCCACUUCAGUUCAUCGGCUGCGUGAAUCAGGUCGCGCAGAGCAGCCCAGACAUGAUCAAAUAG